CCUGGGUGUCAGGGCCCCGGGAGGUAAUGCCCCUGAAGGCGGGGAACGUGGCAGAGGCCGAGGCGGGUGCCGAGGAGUACAGCCCUGAAGAGUACGGCCGGGAGGAGCCGGGCGCCGAGAGGGAGAUGGAGGCCGGGCGGCCGCGGCCGGUGCUGCGCUCGGUGAACUCUCGCGAGCCGAGCCAGGUCAUCUUCUGCAACCGCAGUCCGCGCGUCGUGCUGCCCGUGUGGCUCAACUUCGACGGCGAGCCGCAGCCCUACCCGACGCUGCCGCCCGGCACGGGCCGCCGCAUCCACAGCUACCGAGGUCACCUUUGGCUCUUCCGAGAUGCAGGGACAUAUGAUGGGCUUCUGGUUAACCAAACUGAACUCUUUGUGCCAUCUCUCAAUGUUGAUGGACAGCCUAUUUUUGCCAGCAUCACACUGCCAGUGUAUACCCUGAAAGAGCGAUGCCUCCAGGUUGUCCGAAGCUUAGUCAAGCCUGAGAAUUACCGGAGGCUGGACCUCGUGAGAUCACUCGAAGAUCUGGAAGACCACCCGAAUGUGAGGAAAGACCUGGAGCGGCUGACAAAGGAGCAUAUUGAAAAUCAGCGGAUAGAAGGGGAGGCCAAAGAUUUUAAUUGAAAUUUGUGCUCCCGAGUCUCAGCUUUUGAUGGCACUGACUAGUCUUGACCUAGCUAUAGGACUGGUCACUUAUUCUCGGCUUCAAGGGGUCUCCUUCUUGCAGUAAAAAAUGCUCCA